AUGAAGCUAGCGCGAAUCGGCAGUCGUGAGCCGAGAGCCAGUCGGUGACGGGUUGUGUCUGUGUCUUCUUAGUGCGGUUAGUAGCGAACAGUUGAGUUUUUCCCCCCCUGUGUUCAAAAAUGAGCUGGCAGGAUUACAUUGACAAGCAGCUGCUCGCCUCGAGAUGUGUAACCAAAGCGGCUAUCGCCGGGCACGACGGAAAUCUCUGGGCAAAAUCGGAGGGCUUCGAAGUGAGUAAUGUCCCACUUACUAAGGAAAUCUUUUUUUUUGAAAAAACCGACAUUUUGACGUCGUCGGGAGUUACCUUAGCUGGCAAUAGGUAUAUUUACCUUUCAGGAACAGAUCGAGUGAUUAGGGCAAAAUUGGGAAAGGUUGGAGUUCACUGCAUGAAGACGAGCCAAGCGGUGGUUGUUUCCCUUUACGAGGACCCAAUUCAACCCCAACAGGCUGCCUCCGUCGUCGAAAAGUUGGGCGACUACCUCCUGUCCUGCGGCUAUUAGUGACCUCUGGGACCCAGCACAAAUAUCUAAUAUUAAUAAUAACGAUACGGUCGAUGAUUUUUUAAUGACAGCGAAUGAAAUGAACCCAUCGUGCCGCACGAGACACGCCGAAGCUGCCGCAAGUCUCCUGCUCGAAAUGAUGAGAGCAUCAGCACCAUUAUCACCGUCAUCGGCAGCAGCAACGUAAGCCAGUCAUCGUUUCUCUCUUCUUCAAGUCGACAUGGAACAUCCGCGAAAAGAAAGGAAACACACACACAUACACCUAACACUGUCACACGCACUCGCCCCCACUUUCCCUCUUUUUCUCUCUCUCUUUCUUUCUCUCCUCUCUAAUUUUUAUUCCUCUUAUCCUUUUCUCAUUCUCUCACUCACGAAUAAACCCCUGUGGGGGCGAUCGUAAAUCGCGUUUCCGUCGAGUAACAAAAAACUAAAAAAAAAAAAAAAAAAUCAAGUAUCUCACCAUCUCACAUGCGACUUCAACCAAAUUGUGUACUUGACCGCUUACGCGGGGCUUCGCUGACGAAAAAAAAACACAUAACUAAGUUAAGUGUAAACGAUAAUAAUAACUAUUAUAUUAAUAUUACAUAAACUAUUGUCUUUAAGUUACAGUCUUUUUGUAGCUGCGAAUAGUGUACGAGCGUGAGAGAAAAUAUGAAAUUUAGAAAGAUUUAAAAAAUAAAAGAGAGAGAGUGAAAUAGGAAUUGAAGAAGUGAAGAAAAAAGUGGGUGCGUGUAAUCGUGCAGAUGAGGAGUCUGGCGGCGAUCUCUUGAAGAAAAGAAAAUCGAAAGCAGGGCGAACAUGUGGCGGCGUGAGCGAUGCGCUCCUGAAAAUAUUCCGGAACGCGUCCUCCCUAAUUCAUAGAUGCGGUCCUUUUAGCUAUUUACUUGUCUUAUUAUUGCUGCGUGUAAGAAAAGAUUUGAAAAUUCGUUAGAAAAAAAAAA